CGUGCGCUCCGUUCCGUUUCGCCAUUUCCAACCCGUCGUCUCGCCUUCGCCUCGCCUCGUCUGCUCCACCAUCCACCACCACCACGCUACGCUUUCCUCCUCCCCCUCCACUCCAGAUUUUGCUCCCCUCGAGACCACCACCAAAAGCAGCAGCACCACCGAAAGAGGAAGCAAAGCAAAGCAAAGCAGGCGAGGUUUCAGUCUCCCAGGAAUCCCCUUCCAAGAACUCCCACCCGAUUCGAAGCGCUCGAGGAGGUUCUUUGCUCAAUCAGAGUGGAUCUUCUGCUGGGAGGAUUGGGAAGAGCGGGGGAGAGAUGGGGUCCGGAUCUUUGCUCAAGGUUCUUGCCAAGAACUUCGAUGUUCUUGCUGGGCCUUUGGUUGCACUAGCUUAUCCGUUGUACGCUUCAGUUAAGGCAAUAGAAACCAAAUCCCCUGUGGAUGAUCAACAAUGGCUCACAUACUGGGUGAUGUACUCAUUAAUAACACUGUUUGAGCUCACAUUUGCAUCAAUUAUUCAGUGGCUUCCUUUUUGGCCAUCUAUGAAAUUGAUCUUUAUUUGCUGGCUUGUCUUGCCAUACUUCAAUGGUGCAGCCUUUGUGUACCAAAAUUAUGUGAGACCUAUGUUUGUGAAGCACCAAAUGGUUAACAUUUGGUAUGUCCCUCAGAAAAAGGGCCUUUUCGGUAAAUCCGAUGACUUCCUCACAGCACUUGAUAAAUUUAUUGAAGAAAAUGGACCUGAAGCUCUGAAGAAACUGACUAACAAGGCUGGCAAAUCAUCUAAACAGUCUGGCAAAUCAUGGAAAGAUUCAAAGUCAUCAAAGGAGUCAAAAGAUUCGAAGUCAUCAAAGGAAUCCAAAGAACCAAAACCAUCGAAAGAUUCAAAGCAACUGAAGCCACCAAAAGUUUCGAAAGAGUCAAAGCCAUUGAAGGACUCGAAAGAAGACAAGAAGGCAGUGAAAGAAGAUAAGAAGGCGGCUGCGAAAGAUUCGAAAGAACAGAAGAAGGCACUGAAGGACUCGAAAGAACUAAAAAAGGCGUUGAAGGACUCGAAAGAACAGGGGUCGCAGAAGGAUUCAGAUGAACUUAAACCAAAGAGCAACAAGCGCGUGACGUUCGCCGAGGUGGAGCCCGAGAAGGAACUCAAGGCCUCCAACAGCGACUGGCAUCCGACCUCCGAGUAUCACAGCGUGUACCCGGAGCACAACUCAUGGAGCAGCAGCUUCAUGAUCUUUGAGGAUGAGAACAGUUACUGGAACUAGAGAUCUCUAGACCUGCCAAAAAAAAAAAGCAGCCCGGUGAAGAGUCUUCAGUUAGUUAGAAGUAGCUAGGAGGCCAUUUAAACUCUCUUGUUCUAGCUGUCCUCUAUCGAUUGUUCUGACUUGGGUCACCAUGUAACAUAUUUCUCUAAUUUACACCAGUAGAUGAUGAGUAAUGUAGAAAUCUGCAAUGUGGGUUGGUGAUGAAAAUGGUGAUGCUGGUAGAA